CAGUUAGUUUGUGCUGGAACACGUUAGCCAACAGGUGUGUACCGAAUGCCGCUGUUGCGCUUUAUUUUUGAUCUGCGUGUGAUUCGUGGGUACGUUUUCGGUAUAUUUUCUAGGGUGUGCGUGUAGAAGAAGAGACUUUCACUACGGUUCAAAGCCCAAAGGCAGACAGCAGCAGAUGCGACUAACGUUAACAUUAAUUAAUGCGCUUCGCACGCGUUGUCGUUAUUUCAAACUUCAAGAGUGGCUUAAAGCUGCUGGCUUAUGAGUUUUUUACAGCUCCUCCGGCUCUCGCGUUUUCGCAUUCGCAUAUGUUGUUUAAUGUUUCAACUUAUAUUGGUUAAUUUCUCACCAACGACAAACACAAUGAGCCGCCAUCAGCUAGGUGUGUGUGUGUGUGUGUGAAAAAGGCUAUAAAAAAGAUAUGGAACAACAACAAUAACGAAAAAUAGAGACUUUUGUCAGCGACAGCGACGGAACCACGGCUGUUUUGAAAAGUACCGUUAGUGCGCGAAUGGAGUAUUUAAAGUUAAUUUAAAUAAUGAGAAAUUUGCGCUCAUAAUUGAUUUAAGUAGCGCAACAGACAGCAACAACACAGCUCAUGCAUUUGCAUAAUUUUCCACACACACACACACACAUGAACAUUUGCUUCGCUUUAGUUGCCAGUUGCAGUGGCAGCAACAAGUGGCAUUUGUUGUUCUUGCACUCACACAGUUGCACGGCUCGUUGUGUACUUAAAUGGCCAAGUUAGAAUCCACAUUCCACAGAAAGAACAACCACAACACAAUGCAUCCAGAAGGAAGUGGCCAAGCAACGGCAAUCGAGCACCAACAACUACAACAACAACAACAACAAUAAUCUAUUAGUUUGUGAGCAAAUUUCAAAAUAAUUGCACAUUCUAGUCAAUUUAGCCCGGGCACGAAGAACUGAGCGCUGUGGAAAACUGCAAUGAUGUGCAUUAUUUGAAAUUUGUACACGAACACACACACACAGAGAGAGAGACAAAUACACAGGUGAAACAGGUAGGCCGGCGCAGUAAGCGUCGACCGCGACCGCGACUGCGUGCAGUUUUUCAUUCUUAGCGUCCCACACACAAACAGACACACACACACACACAUGUGCGUGCGCGCGCUCGCUCGCGAUCCAAUUGGAUUUUAUGUCAAGCUUCGUUGACACGACUCUCUUCUUCUUCUGGCGCACACAUACGUAAACAUACAUAGAUAUGUUUUGUAUGCUUAUUGAACUAGUUAAAUCUAUAACCUCGCUGGCCUUAAUUAUCAUAACAAUAGACAAAAACAAAAAGGCACACAAAUAACCCGCAGCGCACAGCUUCAAGAUUUGCAGCGGCAGAAGAGUGUAUAAGAAUGUGGCCCAAAAGCGAAAUAGUCACAACAUAAUUAGAACGAGCGAAAGGCUGGAAAAUAGCGCGCGGUCAAAUGUCGCACAGUGGCUUGCGCAGCAGAAAAAACCAAGAGUCAAAGGCUGCAUAAAUCUGAAAGCCAAAUCUAUUCUAAAUGCAAAUGCAGUGUGACCAAAUCAAAUUGAUAUUGGAAUUGGAACAGAACCGUUAGAGUUGGGGCCUUGCAUCGAUUAAGGUGAAUGGAAAAUUUAGAAGGAAACGAAAUAUGAAUGGAAACCUUGCUGGAGCUUAAAACAAAUUGAUAAAAUUUGUAAUUUCUGCUUUGAAUUUAGAAAAGUGUUGGCUUUUGUUGGCGUAAAGUGGAGCAAAUCUAAUUGAAAAAUUUGCUAUUCGUAAAUAUUCAUAUUUUGCAAAAUUUAAAAUUUAUAAUCAUAAAACGGUUAUUGUACUUCUAUUGUCACUAAAAUAGCAAAUGGGAUAGAGUUCGACAAAAAAAAGCUUCAGACAAAGCUUCAACAUUUCAAAAGAAUUCAUAAGCACGCGCUAAUGUCAUGCACACACACACACACACACACAUAGACGUCACGCACAUAGCGUCACCUCUGAUCUUGCCACAUUCCCAAUUCUAAUGGCAACCACUGUGCGACGAGACAAGUUGCGACUUGUCGCUGGCGAUGCGUGAGCCGCGCGCUGUGCGCUGCGAGGUGUCUUGGUAGCACCUGUUGUAAAUGUAACCGGCUCACGUUGCGUCUUAUUAGAAGCCGCAGUCAUCGCCCGCCCCUAGUCCGAAACAGGAAGGCAAGAAAAAGACCAAAAAAAAAAAAAAACAAAAUGUAUAUGAAUAAAAUUGAAAAAAGAGCGUACUGAAAAACCGGUUGCUGUGAAAACGAAAGAAAAACUUUAUCUCACUGUUGCAAGCUCUUUUCUUUUUGUUUCCAGUUUCAGUAUUCGAUUUUGGUGAAAUCAAUAGAAAGUGAAUUGCAAGCGCUUUGACAUUACGCAAAAGCCACGCGAAAAGUGAAAAUCACCGCACAAACUGGACUUUGCCGAAAACGGGUGAAUACUAGCAUUAGCUUAGCGUGCUUUAAUUGCCUGCCAAAUCAUCAACGGACCGAACCGAACCGAACCGAACCGAACCGAACCGAACCGAACACGAAGCGGUUCGUGCGGCCGCCGAUGCGUCUGUUAAUCCAAACGGCAACGGCAACGGGCGGCGCUGCUGCAGCUGCUCUACAGUCCCACUCGCAGUCCCAGUACAAUUACAGCAGCAUGCGUGAGGACGAUAUCGAGCUGGCCAUUAAGGUGGUGAUCGUCGGCAAUGGAGGCGUUGGCAAGUCCUCAAUGAUCCAGCGCUAUUGCAAGGGCAUCUUCACCAAGGACUACAAGAAGACGAUCGGCGUUGAUUUUCUGGAGCGUCAGAUCGAGAUCGAUGGCGAGGAUGUGCGCAUCAUGCUGUGGGACACGGCCGGGCAGGAGGAGUUCGAUUGCAUAACCAAGGCGUAUUAUCGGGGCGCCCAGGCCUCAGUGCUGGUCUUCUCGACGACAGAUCGCGCCUCCUUCGAUGCGAUCAAGGAGUGGAAGCGCAAGGUGGAGAACGAAUGCAACGAGAUACCCACGGUGAUAGUGCAGAACAAGAUCGAUCUAAUCGAGCAGGCUGUGGUCAGUGCGGACGAGGUCGAAACGCUGGCCAAGAUGCUCAACUGCCGACUGAUACGCACCUCCGUCAAGGAGGACAUCAAUGUGGCCUCUGUGUUCCGCUAUCUGGCCACCAAGUGCCACCAGCUGAUGACGCAGAGCUACGACCAGGCGGCCGGCGCCGACGGCAACAACAGUCAGCAGCAGUCAACGCAUCCGCCCUACAGCAGCACGCCCACCAUCAGCGCCUUCAGUCCGACCUUCACCAAGUCCAGCAGCGGCACCAUUGUCCUGCGCCCGGCCAAAAAGGGCGCCAGCUCCAGUGCGGCGCGAAAGCGCAAAAUUGUGCUCAAAAAGUGCGGCAUCUUGUGAGGCAGCUAAGGGUAAGGGAGCCCCAAAUCAAGUUGUAGCCAUGUGACCAGCCAAGCGUUGGAUGCAGCCACAGCCACAGCCUCAACCAAGUCGCAGUCAGAGCCAUUCACUAGUCGUGCACAGACUCCGCAAUGUUGGCAGUUAUUGCAUGAUAUGUGGAGUGGAGCAGGGGAGAGAUGGGAAUCGGGGGGUGUGAACAGAUAAAAACAAAAAAAAACAUAAGCACACGAAUAGUUCAGUGAACAAAAACUUAGGCAUAACGAAGUUUAAAUACCCUUGCAGUCGGCAACAUAAAUAAAUUAAAAUAUUUCUGAUUGUGGUCCACUCUAACUGCCUAAACUCUGAGUUAAUUGACUAAUAUUUCAGUUAAUCCUUAUAGUAUCAGCAGACAAUUUUGGUCCACUUUGAUGGCCUUAAAUGUUUGUUAAUGAAUAAAAAGUCAAUUAUAUAUUAAAUAUAUAUUAAAUCAUAAAUAACUAAUAAUUCACGAAUAUUGUCAGGAAUUAGAUAUAUUUUGGUACAAUUUGACAGAAAGUAAAACACAAAACCCUUUAUAAGACACAAACCAAGAAUUUAAGAUGAAAUCUAUUAAAUAAGUCAACUUAACUUCCUUUGGAAACUGAUCUAAAAAUUUUAAUAAUAAUAAUUUUAUAUGCAGUCAAUUUUGAUUCAAUUCAAAAUUUUGCAAAUUUUCAAUAUCAAAACUUGUUGAUCUACAAAAUGUUUAAGAUAGGAUAAAAUUUGGUUUCUCUGCGUUACGAAACGCUUUUAGUUGUGUAUAAGACCCGUCUGCAAGGGUAUUAACAAAUAACAAGCUCAAAAUGCAUGUGCAAUAAUUUAUGCAACUACUCAAAUUUUUAGUCUAAUUAGUUAUAGAUAAGCAUGUAACCGACUUUUCACUGUAUAAUGCCCACUUUUCUAUAACGGAGACUGAUGCAGCAUUCAAUUUAUAUAUAGAUAUAAUUAUUUAUCUAAUUAUAUAUAUGUGUGUGUGUGCGCCUGUAAAAUUGUGUAUGUAUCUAUAUUAAUACAAGUAUAUAUACCCUAUAUAGAGCUAUGUAUAUUUUCCUACUACAGCUAAGAUUGGCUUUUUGGCUCGCUAGCACCGCCCCUCCUCCAACUGCGGGUUUCGAGGGCGCCUUCGUGUGAAUCCUUCGUCAAUUAGCCCUGGCAAAAUGUGCAAUUAAUUGCUUAACUCAUUUAAUUAUUAACCAAGCAAGAGGCAUGUCGAAACGCAAUUAUGUUGUCUAGUGUACUAUGCAAAGUGAGGGGCUACGUUUUGUCAUUAAUCCACUUGGCUUGAGAAUAGAUCUGCGAGUCCAAGCCCAAAAUAUGCAAAUAUUAACUAUAGCUACAUUAUUAUAACAAGAAAUGUUAUUACCUAAGCUCAUAAAUAUUAAACUAAUAAAUUAUUUUGUAUAUUUAACAA